AUGAUUCCCAGGGCAGGAUCCGUUGUCAAUUCCCAAAUAGGCUUCAUCUACAUAUUUUCGUUCUUCACAUUCCUGGAACUGGCUUUUUUUGGCCUGACGGUGUAUUUUACGACCGAAGUGGUUACCGAAUACCCAUUUGUGGUCUAUGGAGCUUCGUUACUUCUUGGCAAUUUCUUCUUGAUGGAAGCCAUAAUAGCGCGGAACAUCUACCAAAUGUGUAUAUAUCCGUUCAUAUACACCUACACACUUACAGUGAACUUGGCAAACAUAACACAUAUUAAUAAUAUAUCCUUUGCAUUUCAGCUCAUGCUGAUCAGCGUGGUUGCAAUUCAUGGAGUCUUCUUCAUCAUGAAAUUUCGCGAUUUUUUCUACGAGUUCUCGUGGUACUACUACAAGAAAAUUGGUGGCCGUCCGGAAAUAAUAGGUAAGUACUUAGUUCUAAUUAGAGGCGAAUAAGGUAAGUUCAUUUUUUAAUUUAUGAUUAGGGAAAAUACUAUAGUUUUCUUCAAGAUACAUGUUGUGUUCGGUGUUCUAAAAACUGUUUUUCCGUUGUAUGGAGUAUCGUUACAGUUAGUAUUGUACAUACUGCAAUUAACUAUGCGUGUUCUUGGCUUUAUCUUCUUCCAAACUUUCAAACACACAGAAAUAGUUUGGGCAAGAAAGAUCCAAUAUGUUAUCAUCGCUUUGACAGCCGUCAUAGAUAUUUUAGAACUAAUCCUGGCCAAUUUUUAUGAAAUUCCGAACGUAAGGUAAGUUAUAUUUUUAAUUUGAACACUCAUUGUAACGCUAUGCUUCAAGUUAGUUACAAUGUUCAUUUUUAUGUACUUUUUGUACCUUGAUGAACGUCACUUUGGAAAAGGGUUGAAGGAGAUUGUGCAAUAAACACACCAUUGCUGGCGGUAAAAAUAAUUUAUUUGAACAGUUUAAAACGUUAAAAUACGCUCUUACACAA